AUGGAAGCGUGCACUCUACCAGUAUUCGGAGCAUAUUGCUGCACAAGCGCCGAUCUUGCAUGUGAGACUCUAGUCUCUAGAGGAAUCGGCGGCGGGAUGGUGUCGUCGAAGAAGGUGUGCGUGGUCGGCGCCGGCGUCUCGGGGCUAGUAUCCGCCCGCGAGCUGCGCCGGGAGGGCCACGAUGUGACUGUCAUGGAGCAGAGCGACAGCGUCGGUGGGCAGUGGCUCUACGAACCGAGGACCGACGCCAACGAACCCCUCGGUGCUGCCGGCGUGCACAGCGGCGUCUACGCUUCUCUCCGGCUCAACGCACCCAGAGACAGCAUGUGCUUCUCGGACUUCUCGUUCUACCCCAAGGACGACGGCACCGGCGACGCCCGGCGAUACCCGGGGCACGCCGAGUUCUUAAGGUACAUUAGGGACUUCUGCGACGCUUUCGGGCUCACGGACGUCGUCAGGCUCAACACGAAGAGACAUGGUGACUGCGAGGGCGAGGUGGUCACCACGGAGGAGGUGUUCGAAGCUGUCGUCGUGGCCACCGGCCAGUACUCCCAGCCAAGGAUCCCAGCCAUCAACGGCAUGGACAAGUGGAGGAGGCGGCAGCUGCAUUCCCACUCCUACCGCGUCCCGGGCUCCUUCCGCGACGCGGUGGUCGUCGUCGUCGGCCUCGGCGAGAGCGGCAAGGAGAUCGCACUGGAGCUCCGCGAGGUGGCGAGAGAGAUCGAGUGCUUGUGCGCGGAUGGCCAGGUAACGUUCGCCGACGGCUCCUGUGUCGUCACCGACUCCAUCAUGUACUGCACUGUGUACGACUACUCGUUCCCGUUCCUGGACACGGGUGGCCUGCAGCUCACCGUCGACGACAACCGCAUCGGCCAGUUGUACUCGCCGUCGCUGUCCUUCGUGGGGGAGCCCAGUCAGGUGAAGGCGCCACGGUUCUACUUGGUGCAGGCGAGGUGGGUAGCGCAGGUGCUGUCCGGCCGGAGGCCGCUGCCGUCGGCGGAGGAGAUGCUGCGGUCGGCCGAAGAGUACCACCGCGCCAGGGAGAUGGCCGGCGUGCCCAGGCGCCUCUCGCAUGCCCUCUUUUUGAACCUGGAGUACUGCGACGAGUUCGGGGAGAAACGCUGCGGGUUCCCGCGGCUGCCGGAGUGGAAGAAGGAGCUCAUGCGGGCGGCCGUCGCGCGCUUGCGCAACGACCAACGACACGGAGAGCUUCCGUGA